CCUCGCCUCUCUCCCUCUCUCCUCGCCCGCUGGGUGCUGAAGUUGGGCGGAUGGCAGCAAACCGGCUCUGCUAGAGGACCGGGCAGCCCAGCCUUGCGCCCUCGGACCUUCGGUGCGCUGCCCACACCUCCAGGCGAUCGGAAAAGGAAGAGGAAACCCAAUGAGAUUAAAUGACUGGCUUAAUGUGAUAAGGAAAUGAAACCACGUCGACACUCACAAUCUCCAAUCUGCAGGAGCUGAUGUUAUUGACCGUUUAAACAGGGAGCAAGAAGCACUUUGCCAAGCGUUUUACGUGCCUCAUCAGAUCUUCACAAUAAGGUAGUGAGCCAGUUGGGUACUGAAGUAGCUGAAAUGCGAAAAAGGCAGCAAUCCCAGAAUGAAGGAACACCCGCCGUGGCUCAAGCGCCUGGAAACCAGAGGCCCAACAACACGUGCUGCUUCUGCUGGUGCUGCUGUUGCAGCUGCUCCUGCCUCACCGUCAGGAAUGAAGAAAGAGGGGAGAACGCAGGAAGACCCACGCUCACCACGAGAAUGGAGAGCAUCCAGGUCCUAGAGGAGUGCCAGAAUCCCACAGCAGAUGAAGUCUUGUCCUGGUCUCAAAAUUUCGACAAGAUGAUGAAGGCCCCAGCGGGAAGGAACCUGUUCAGAGAGUUCCUGCGAACAGAAUACAGCGAAGAGAAUCUGCUUUUCUGGCUUGCCUGUGAAGACUUAAAGAAAGAACAAAACAAAAAAGUAAUUGAAGAAAAGGCCAGAAUGAUAUAUGAAGAUUACAUCUCCAUACUGUCACCAAAAGAGGUGAGUCUUGAUUCUCGAGUUAGAGAGGUGAUCAAUAGAAAUCUGUUGGAUCCUAACCCUCACAUGUAUGAAGAUGCCCAACUUCAGAUAUAUACCUUAAUGCACAGAGAUUCUUUCCCAAGGUUUUUGAACUCUCAGAUCUAUAAGUCAUUUGUCGAAAGUACUGCCGGCUCUUCUUCCGAAUCUUAAUUUUCAUUAAAAAAACAUCAUUUUGGAGGGCUGGGAUGGGGAAUAAAAGUAGUUAAAUAAUACAGAAAUUGAAUUCCUGGAGAACUGCAGUUUAGCGCUCCUCAGGCUACUGUGAACAUACCACCAUUAUGGUCUUUUGUCUCCAUUUUUUAUCAAGGUUAUCCAUGAUCAAGUUUGGAGAAAAUACCACACAAAACAAUGAAUUGCCAAAUUAAGUUUGUUUUAUUCAACACUCAUCCUACUUGCAAGCAAACUGUAUUCGUAGUCCUAUGAACAGUCUCCUAGUGUAUUUCCAGAGACUGCAUGUGCAAAGUAAAGCUGCUUCAUUUGCCACGUAGUUGUUGUUCUAUUUAGUCAAAUAGCAUAACUUAUAUCUGUAUUUAAAGACUUUUGUGCAAUAUGGUCUUAUAGAAAUAAUUGCCAAAAAAUUGACUGUGGUUUGCAUUUUUUAACAUAAUCCGAGACAGAAAAUGGCAAUUUUUAAAAUGUAACAAUGGUAUUCAACAUGCUAUAAUAUUGUGCUCAGUACACUAAUUUUGAAGCCAAUAUUUCUGUACAUGAAAAAAAGAGCUAUUUAUCUGUGUUUGUUGGCAAAUUCUAGUGGGGGAUUUCUCUGGUCGUUCACUGCCAAAACUGUGGCAUUUUCAUUACAGAAGAGUUUGCUAUGUUAAAAAAAGAAGAAGAAAAGAAAACAAAGCACAAAACUAUUUGAAGAUAUCUUCUCUCAAUGACAAAUCAAAGAAUGAUACUGUUUUUAAUUGUAAUAGAUGAAAAUGAAUCUGUGUAUAUAUAAGAUGUCCAAUACUGUAAUUAAUUUAUUAAAGACUGGCUCUCCAGUUCAUAAUGGUUGUGUAAAGUUAUGUACUUAAGCAAGAAAACAAAUAAGCUUGAUAACUUAGUUUUGGAAUAUGUAGAAAAGUACUUAAUAAAAGAAUGCCUACAUGUAGCACUGUAAAACAUUUUGAUGACUAGCAUCUGUUCUGUGGCAUAUUUUCAUUGAAAGUGAAAUCCAGUGAAAAGCUAAGUUUUUACUAGGAAAAGUUUUAUAAGGGUUAUGAAGAGAUAAUUCUCUACUUCAGACCUUAACUGUUUUCACAUAGUACCGUACGAAUGACUUAUUUUAAAAUUGUUAAAACCAAACUAUUAAUUCUCAUCCAUAAUGAAAGGGCAGUACAGUGCUCAAAUCUUUUAGCUGCCAUUAUUUUUAUAAAUACACUCUUUAAGACAAAACUCUUGCCUGACAUUGGCAUGUACUUCUGACAUUCAAGAAAACAAUAUCCUAUUGUGCACAAAAAGGAUGAUAACAAUAAUCAUUGUCAUAUUUAUAUCAGUGUGUUACAUUUGAAUAUUAAUAUCCCCUGGAGACUAUUUUUUUAAUCUUGAACUGAAUGACUAUAAUACCGAGUAACCUAAAAUGAAAGUUUUAAAAAGAUUUAUAUCCACUGAGAACACUGGCCUUAUAUUAAGGAUGAUAUUAAAAUUAUAGGUUUUCUUUGUCAUUUUUAACUACCUCUCAUUUUUUAAUUUAUUAAACAUAUUUUUAAAAAACAAGUUUGGGGUUUUCUUUUUAAAUUUAUUUUACUUGAAAGGAUAGCAUUGUAAGUUUCUUUUUCCAUAAACUUAAAACAUUUCAAGAAUUGUUUUUUUAAGUGAAUAUGAUUUUCUAAUUUAUAUAGAAUUCAGGAGACAUGAUUAAAAGGGCUAUUAUCUAUUCCCUAUGCAAAUAUUUUAACUGUUGCAGUGUUUGACAAAAUGGGAUUUUAAAAAAAUUUGCAGAGUAGAAAACAAAAUGUUCUGUUUACACUGGCGUUGCUGACUAUCCUACCAUUUUCAGCACUUUUAAAUACAUUAUUUAUGAAAAUGUAGUUAAAAUGCAAGGUAGAAAAUAUUUAUAAUCAUUUCUUUUAACAAAUGCUUGUUUUCUUUCUGAAAAUGUUGUGUGUUAAGACAUAGUUGAUCCAUGUCACUUAGAUAUUUACUAUUUAAUAAUAGUUUUCAGUAAUAUGUUGAAAAAAGAUAGCUAUGAAGAUGUUUACAAAAAGUCAUAUUUUUUUCCUAAAGAGUAAAGAAAGAUUAAAAACAUCAUUGCCUCUAUUGCGAAGUUCUAUUGUUCUUAAGUCAUUUACUUUUUUUCUUGAUUGGAAUUGGGUUUAUUGUGCUACUAUGAUGUGUACAAAUACAUGGUAUAGUAUCAUACAUGUUUCUGUGUUUAAGGCACAAUAAAUUGGUGCACAUGAUUAGAAGAUAUGUAAUAUACUAUGAUACUCGCAUGCAUCGAUCUUUUUAAUUGUAGACAUUAUAUUCUUGUUGUUACUAUAUAUGAUGGUGACCUGCUAGUUGUAAGUUAUCUUUAUAAGAUACUUUGGACUAUUAGAUGAAUUGUCUGUCUGACAAUACGUUUAAUAUUUUACCAAAUGGGAAAGAUAAGGGCCCUUAUGAAGAGCCCUAAUCUCUAACUGGGUGUCUGUAGAAUACAGAUUUUGAACUUGGUAUGUCUUUUUGAAACCUGAUAAUGAAGUUGGGUUGACAAGGAAUCUAGAGCAGAUUUACACAUCAGCUGUUGGUAUCCAUGCUAUGUGAGCAUUCCUGUGCUAAACUCAUAUUUUCAGGGGACGGGACGGUUUCUCAUUUACUUUCAAAAUGUUUAAAGUUUCUAAGAAUAUGUCUGUGUAUUUGCAGCAUUAUCAAUUUUUUAAGUAUGAUAUAAUUCCUUGUGUUUAAGUUAUAGAGCUAUAAUAAACAAACAGAAAAGCACUCAACUGGUGUCUAUGCUACCAUUCCAAGAGCACAAUAUUUGCUUUAUUAGAGUUUGAUUUUUCCUAGUGAGUAAAUUCCUCCCUGGGGAAAAAUGAGCACUUUAAAAGGAGCACUUUGUGUUUUAGAUUGCCAAAUGAUCUCUGUAUACAGUUAGAAUCUGCUAAUGUGCACAGAAAGAGGUUAAUGCACUUUCUGAAUUGCCUAACUUCAGGUGUAUCUAGAGUGGAAAGAAAAGUAUAGGAUAUAGAUUAUGUAUAUAUAGAUAAAUUGGAGACCCAGAUUUCUUCAGAGAUUGCUCUUGUACAUAGAUCACAGUAAUAGUGGAUGAAUGAUAUUUCUUUAUUCCAAUUGUUAUUACGUUACCUGAAGUUAGCAUAGAUGUUCUGACAGUGUUAUAGGGUACAUGUGAAUAAGAGCAAAACAGUUUUGAUACUGAAUAAAGAAACGCAAAAGCCAAGACCACAACGUGGUCCUUUAAAAAAAAUCUUGAAAUAUGUACAUAGGACGACCAGUUCUGAUAGUUGGUCAUCAUGCAUGGGGUAUUUAUCAAUAAGUAUCCUUUAAUGAGCCUAGUAUAAAGUAUGUAUUGUAUACUUACCUGGUAGCUCAGUGUCAUAAAAGGACUACAGAAUUAGGUAAAUAAGGUUUAUUCAGGGGGAGUAAUAUACAUUUUCACCAAAUUAAGCUGGUUUAAAAUAAUACCUGAUUCUUAUUGUUGAGUUUAUUCAUUUUUUUCUAUGUAUUUUAACUUUACCAAAAAAGAUCAUAAUUGUGACUAUUUGCAUUUGCAACAAAUACAUAUUAUCAGAAGCUUUAGUGAAGAAAUCUAAAGGGAAGGAAUUUCAAACAUAAUCAGAAGACAGGGAAAUAAGAACCAUUUGGAAAUCCACCAAAAUUUCUUAAAGACUUAAAAUGUCUAUAUAGAGAACAUAUCAAACAUGUAUUUUGAACUCUUUGAGCUUGAUACAUUAGCAAAUUAUUUUGAAAUGUAGUAAAGAUAUUUCCAGAAAACUUUCUUGCCCAUCUAUUUUACAUUGACAGUCUAUGACCCUAAUCUUCAAAGUAUAUUUUAUAAACAGUGGGGAUUUUUUCAGUCCUUAAACUUCUGGUUGAUAUACAAUGUCCUCCUGAGAAAACAGUAUAUAAUAUAAAAAUUUUAGUAACUCCUCACCUAAUGCAAUUGCAAAUAUUUAUCAAUAAAACUGAUAACCAAAAACUUGCUUCAGAUCUCUGAAACACUUAAUAAUAUCUUUGCUUUACAUGACAGUGUACAGGGUGAUAAGUAUUGUCUCUGAACAUCGGCUUUUAUGUCUUUGUAAGAAUUUUUAAAACUAUUGUUCUUACAGUUAUAGUCCUGUUCAGUUCCCAGUGACAUCUUUGCAGCUUCAUACACGGAGAUGUUCUAGACUUUGACUAAUGAAACCAGGGUGGAAGACAAAGCGCUACCUAACUGGUAACAUAUCUCAGUGUGCCACUAGUCUGGUUCCCAUGACAAAAGCUCUAAGAUGAGUAGGGAAAAGGGGUGCUAUUAAGCACUAAGGAAAAGAACCAAAUAUAACAUUUUUAAUACAUAUGCAAACUCAAAUUCAUUCUCCCCUUAUCAUUUCUCCUCUUUCUCUCUUUUCUGUUGCAGAAAUUUUAGAAUUUUAAAGCUGCUGAUUUAUACCUAUAUGUUGCCACAACAUUCCAGGUUUUAGAAUGUUGCGUUUCUGUCCUAGGUUUGAAUACAAUUCCUUUUCACAAAGCUCUAGCCCUUACUGCUGUAUUCAGAUGAUGUGAUACACAAUGCUUACUAUUGUGUACACUUGGAAUACAGUGUAAAAACAUCAAGAACUUAGAAUAACAAAUUUGAUUUCAAGUUAGAUUUUUUUUUUUUUU